AUGAAGGUGCGGCAGCGCCUCGUGCUCGCCAUCGCGCUCUCGCUCGCCUUCAUGCUCGUCGAAGUCGUUGGAGGUAUCCUAUCCAACAGUCUCGCCGUGCUCACGGAUGCGGCGCAUCUCCUAUCCGACAUCGCCAGCUUCGCAAUCAGUCUGUUUGCGCUGUGGAUGGCGGGGUGGGAGGCGACGCCGCGGCACACGUUCGGGUACCACCGCAUGGAGAUCCUGGGCGCGCUGGUGUCCAUGCAGCUCAUCUGGAUGAUCACCGGCAUUCUGCUCUACGAGGCCGUCUCCAGGCUGAUAUCGCAGACGGAGUCGGUGGACGGGCGGCUCAUGUUCAUCACGUCGGCUUUCGGCGUGGGAGUGAACGUGCUCAUGACUCUCAUUCUCGGCCACCACCACCACGGCCAUGACCAUGGGCAUGACCAUGGGCAUGGACUCGGGCAUGGUCACUCGCAUGGGCAUGGGCAUAGUCAUUCGCAUGAUCAUGGGCAUGAGCAUGGGCAUGUGCACGGGUGGAAGGAGCCAGGAGGGGAUGGGCAUGACCAUUGCCACGGCCAAGGGCAUAACCAUGCUCAUGGGGAUGGGCAUGGCACAACGAGCACAGGUGCAGGCGAUGCCAUAGUGACUCUCCACCACGGCGCCAACCACUCAUCCCAGCAGCAACAACAGCACUCCGCGUGUAGUCCUGCAGAGGCAGAGCCAGCGCGGGCACGCAACAUAAACCUGGAGGGGGCGUACCUGCACGUGCUGGGGGACUUGCUGCAGAGCAUAGGCGUCAUGGUGGGGGGAGCUGUCAUCUGGUACAACCCCGCAUGGAAGGUAGUGGACCUGAUCUGCACGCUAAUCUUCUCCCUCCUCGUGCUCUUCACCACGUAUCGCAUGCUGCGCGACGUCAUAGACGUGCUCAUGGAGUCAACACCACGCGGAAUCAACGCCUCAGAGGUGGAGGCGGGGUUGAAGACGCUACCAGGGGUGGAGGACGUGCAUGAGCUGCACAUCUGGGCGCUCACACUGGGCAAGGUCAUGCUGGCGUGCCACGUGCGCAUCGACGCACACAGCAACCCCGACGACGUGCUCAACGCCGUGCUGCGCUUCUGUGAGCGCACAUACCGCAUCAGCCAUGCCACCGUGCAGGUGGAGCGCAGCAGAGUGCCCGCGCUGCAGGGCUCGCAGUCGGCUCCGGAUAUAGUGUCGUCGCCACAUGAUGCUGCGCCUUCUGAUGCGCUUUCAACCUCGAGCACCGUGGCCUCCUCUGCUUCGUAG